CGGGUUCCCUGGACUACUACGAUGGCGAUGAGUUUCGAGUGGCCGUGGCAGUAUCGCUUCCCGCCCUUCUUUACGUUACAGCCGAACGUGGACACGCGGCAGAAGCAGCUGGCCGCCUGGUGCUCGCUUGUCCUGUCCUUCUGCCGCCUGCACAAGCAGUCCAGCAUGACGGUGAUGGAAGCUCAGGAGAGCCCGCUCUUUAACAACGUCAAGUUACAGCGAAAGCUCCCUGUGGAAUCAAUCCAGGUUGUAUUAGAGGAACUGAGGAAGAAAGGGAACCUUGAGUGGUUGGAUAAGAACAAGUCUAGCUUCCUGAUCAUGUGGCGGAGGCCAGAAGAAUGGGGGAAACUCAUCUAUCAGUGGGUUUCAAAAAGUGGCCAAAACAACUCCGUGUUCACCUUGUAUGAACUAACCAAUGGGGAAGACACAGAAGAUGAGGAAUUCCAUGGGCUGGAUGAGGCAACCCUACUUCGCGCCCUGCAGGCCUUACAGCAGGAACACAAGGCUGAGCUCAUCACCGUCAGCGAUGGCCGAGGUGUCAAGUUCUUCUAG